CAUUUUCAAAAAUUGUAUCGGCCUAAAACUUUCAGUGCCGGACCAAAUGACAAGCCCCGUUUGAAUAGACGUCAAAACAACAAAACUUUUAGAGACGGAAUUUUCUCACAUAUUUUAGCUAACAAUAAGGCCAUAGUGUAAGAUUUUACGUAGAUUAGAGGUUGAAACGACGACACGUCAAUUUUCCAGACAAAGACAAAACAAAAACACAUCCCAAAAAAAUGGUGAAACUGUAUUCCAUCAGCGUUUUCUACAAGGGUUUGAAUGAGGCAAAGGUUCUCAGUUCCGCCUACGACUUGAGUAGCUUCUCUUUUUUCCAACGCGGAUCCGUUCAAGAGUUCAUCGGUUUUGCCAGCAAAACAAUCGUUGAACGCACGACACUCGCGUCGCGACAGUCCGUGAAGCAAGACGUUUACAUGUGUCACGUGUAUGUGCGCGCCGACAAUUUGGCUGCCAUCAUAAUUGCCGACCACGAAUAUCCGCAGCGCGUCGCCCACACACUUCUCACAAAAAUUCUCGACGACUUUACGCAACGCAUCGCCUCGGAAUUGUGGCCCACGGGCAGCGAACAAACAAUUUCCUUCACACUGCUCCCCGGUUACUUGCAGAAAUAUCAGGAUCCGCGACAAGCUGAUGCUCUCACGAAGAUCCAAGACGACCUGGACGAGACGAAAAUCAUUCUGAAGAACACAAUUGAGGCCGUUUUGGAGCGCGGCGAAAAACUCGACGACUUGGUGACAAAAUCCGAAGACUUGUCGAACGCGAGCAAAGCAUUUUAUAGGACCGCCAAAAAGACAAAUUCGUGUUGCAGCUUCAGUUAAAAAGCAUUCCUCGUUAAUUUACCAAAAAAAAUUGGCUCUAAACUCACUUUUGGGGGCAAAAUUAAUAAAAUUAUUCGUGUUAAUGUUGACAUAAUCGGGAAAAAUCACAGAAAAAAACGUAAAUCGGAAAUCUAUAAUAGCUGUUAA